AUGCCGGUCUCUCAGGCAGCUGCAGAACUCCAGCAGUACUGUAUGCAAAAUGCCUGCAAAGAUGCCUUGCUUGUUGGGGUUCCUGCAGGGAGCAAUCCCUUUCGAGAACCCCGAUCCUGUGCUCUACUCUGA